GCAACACCGGCAGUAUUAACUGUUAUCACACUAUCAACGGAGGAGACACAUCAGAUAAAGCCAUAAUAAACGGGGGAAACAGCGGAAUCCGAUAUCUAGCAGAGACAGGUGAAUGAACUGAUCGCAAAUCCAAGCCUCGGAGAUACCCACGAAGACGUUCACUCUAACGCCUUAAACAUACACACACAAGCACACACACUGAAGACGAACAGGGACUCAGAUAAAUGGCUGACAAACAGAUCAGUUUGCCUGCAAAGCUAAUAAACGGCGGUGUGGCCGGACUUAUCGGCGUAACCUGUGUAUUUCCAAUUGACUUGGCCAAGACUCGCCUUCAAAACCAGCAGAAUGGAUCCCGCCUCUAUACCAGCAUGUCAGACUGCCUUAUUAAGACCAUUCGGUCGGAAGGAUACUUUGGGAUGUACAGAGGUGCUGCAGUGAAUUUAACUCUCGUCACUCCAGAAAAAGCCAUCAAGUUGGCGGCAAAUGAUUUUUUCAGGUUUCACCUCUCUAAGGACGGGCAGAAACUCACCUUAUUGCGAGAGAUGCUGGCUGGUUGUGGUGCAGGUACAUGUCAGGUUAUUGUUACAACACCAAUGGAGAUGCUAAAGAUUCAGCUGCAAGACGCUGGAAGAAUAGAGGCCCAAAGGAAGCUCAUGCCCCAGACUGUGACUCCAGGAGGCCCCGUGGAGGUGAAAUCCCCCACAGCUAUGCAACUCACCAGAGAAUUACUGAAGGAAAAGGGUAUUGCUGGUCUUUACAAGGGCUUGGGAGCCACGCUGCUCAGGGAUGUCCCUUUUUCUAUUAUUUAUUUCCCUCUGUUUGCUAAUCUGAAUAAUCUGGGGAAGAGGGGAGCCGACGGUCCCGCCCCGUUCUACGUCUCCUUUGUUUCCGGCUGCAUCGCGGGCAGCACAGCCGCAGUUGCCGUCAACCCUGUGGAUGUGAUAAAGACUAGGUUACAGUCGCUAACCCGAGGUAGUCAAGAGGACACCUACUCUGGGGUGAUGGACUGCAUCAGGAAAAUAUUACGUAACGAAGGUCCCACUGCUUUCCUGAAGGGGGCGUACUGCCGAGCUCUCGUCAUAGCCCCGCUCUUUGGCAUCGCACAGGUGGUCUACUUCCUCGGCGUGGGAGAAUUGAUCCUGAGCUAUCUACCCAAACGGAACAACUAACCAAUCAAGUCACUGCCUUUUCAUCAUGCAUUGAACCAGUCAGAUCUUUUCUCCGCUCUCUCACAUGUCAGAAGGUCGUCAUUACAGAAGGAUCAAAGCGUAACGUGGACCACUUCACUGAUUUAAAUUGUUUGUUGUUGUGCCAUUUGUUAAAAGUGACGUGUAUUUUUAUCGGAAUGUGGUGUUUUUAAUAUCGAGUGUAAAGUGAGACUGUGUUUGCCAAGCUGCCUGUUUUGUCUCGUCCUGUCUCACGCUGAGACAAAAUAACCUUGAUCAUAGAUACAAAAAAAUUAUUUUACAAGCAUUCAAUCUAGGGGAUGUGUUUUCUAUCUCACAACAUUUAAACCGUAAAAUUCAGGAUCCACAAUCAAUCGUAACACUUUAAAAAAGACACCCUCGUUAAGUAUGUGCUAAAAUAUCAAUCUUAUUUUAAUAUCUUGAAUCUAGAGGGCAUGUAAUGUUUUUUGGGAACUUGAAAAGUUUCCCCCCGACAUUUGUUAUGGCCUAGUCUGAAUGCCUUUCCUCUGGGCAAGGAACAACCUCGAGAAAACAAUGGACGUGUGUGUGUGUUUAUCAUUGGCUUUGGGAAAGAAGCUAGACUUUAUUUAAUGAUUUAGACACAUAUUCUUUCAUUCUGGAUAGCCUAUCAGUUACAUGAGUGAAAUUGAGUAAUUCAGGUAAUUUCUUGAAAGCAUAUCAGUUACUGGGACAUGUGAAAUGGAUUUGAAAGCCUCUCAAAUUAACCAAAUGAAUGUGGAAUUGCCUCCAACCAGGGUGUAGCAACUUUAUAGCAACUGGUAAGUUAUAAAGUUCACCCCCUGUUUUUUUUGAGAGAUCAUUUUAUAUCUUAAGUCAGGGGUGUUCAAUCCUGAUCCUGACGCGCUAUCCUCCUCCAGAGUUUAGUUCCAACCCUACUCCAACACAGCAGCUGAUUCAGGAGUGUUUGAUUAGAGUUGAAGUCCAUGCAAAUCCAUUUUCGUUUGAAAACACAUUGAUUUUGCCACGUUUAUGCCUCUCAUCGACACUAGAACUGCAUUUUCCUUCACCAAGAAUGAACAUUUUGAAAGACUUUCGAAAGCAUUCUCUAUUCCUGCACACUUUGAAAAACCAAAGUAAAAAGACCAAGUGCAACGUCUGGUAAUCCUUCUAUGGUUAGCGACUACUUACCAGUGAACAUGUUUACAUGCUCACCAAAAUGCUGAAUAACUACCAAAAAUCAGCUGAUACAACAACAACAACAACAACAACAAAUAUUGAAUCUGCUUUGCAUUUGCACAACAGUUGUGCACAUUAGAUAAGCCAGUUAGAACACCAGUAAAGGUAUUUAUAAGCAAUGCAAAAUCAGUGGACACGUGCACGAUCUUACACCAAAUAGGUUUAAUAAGCCGACAGUGUGUGUGCUCAUGUAAAUGCCUUGUACGUAUUUCCAUUAAAGAAAUUUAAGCAUAAACCGAUCGGCACACAUAGAUUUUUGCCCAUUGCCCCUAUUUCACAUUGAGUAAAAACUUUAUUGGCGUUCUUACAGGCUUUUCCUAUGUGCAAAACUGUUGUGCGUAUGACUGUUUACAUUCUGACAUCUAAAGCAAAGAAUUCUCAGAUGAUUUUAUCUCAUGCAAAUGCGUUUGUCUUAAAUUGUCGGAUUAAAAUAUAAUAAUUAUUUAGUAGUUAUCAGCAUAUUGCUGUGGAUAUUAAGCUCCGCUCCACUCCAACCCUGUCCACUGCAAACUCACAUUAUCCUGUUAUACAAUUCUAUUACUAAAUAUUAUUUUAAUGUGAAAACAUUUACAGUUUUAGGGUUCAUAUCUGUUUGAUUUCAUGGCCUGCGUUACAGCUACAUCUAGUCCAGUUCUAUCAGGAAGACUUGCAGACUUGAGUAAAGUUUUAGAUGACAUUUAUUUGAUGAAUAUGAAACAGGAAUGGACUCUUUUGCCUAAGCCCCGUCUGGUGGUCUGAAGAAGUUGUACUCGGAUCCUGCCGGAGAUAGGAGGCAGGAGCGAGGAGCCUACCCCCGUGCAGGACGGGACUCAACUGGUGGUGGUGGGGUGGUGGAGGUUGCAAUGUGAUAGAUUGUGAGCAGACUUAUAAAGCAAUGGCUUACAUGUGAUUGGCUAAGAGUUACCUAGCUAAUGUUGCGAUGAUGUACAGCUGCUAGUCAUCCCGCUACAUCUACAGUGCACUUACUUUUCUAGCAAAGAGAAAGAAUGCUAACAAAUUGCUAACAUGCUAGAAUGCUAACAAUUUAGUUAACAGACACAACACUUGAUUUACAACAUUUGUUAUUUGUUAAUCGUCAUUCAAACUUUGCGAAAAGCACAUAGUCAUGGGGUAACUUUCCAGACUUUGUACUUGAUAAUCCUUACUCUAUAGAUGUAUACACCCAUAUAGUAUAUCUCACUAUAUAUUUGUAUCAAUAGUUUUAUUAGUGUAUAAUUGUGUGUAUGCUCAUUGUUGAUUACUGUGUAAUGUAUAUAUGCAGAUGAUAUUAUGAACUGUUAUGAUUAUGGGUUUUGUUUUGUUUUGUGUAUGAUGGCUUAUUUGCACACCUGCCCAUUCCUACUGUUUUUCUUUUUGGCAUCUGCAAUCCUGAGAUUUAAAGUGAUAGUUCACCCAAAAAGAAAGGAAGUUUAGGCAGUUUGUGAGUCUCGGUCACCUUUCACUUUCAUUGCAUUAUUUUUCCAUACAAUACCAGUAAAUAGUUACUGAAGCUGAUUUUCGGCCUAACAUUUCCUGCAGUGUUCCACGAGAGAAAGAAAAUCAUACAUGUUUGGAACAAAAUGAGAGUGAGUAAAUGACAUAAUUAAAUUUUUGGGUGAACUGUCCCUUUAAUAUGCCAGUUUACACUUUGGUCUUUGAAUCAGACCUGUAAUGUAUCAUGCAGGAACAAACAUUGUUUCUGCUCAAAUGGCUAUGUGAAGCGUGUGACCUUUUUUAAUGCUUGAAUGCUCUACCAAAUGAGCCGAACCAAAACUAAAAUGGUUUCAAGAUGUAUUGCUUCUUUAAUUGAUGCUUACGGUUUUAUUUAUUGCUGACAUUUGCAGAUGCUUUUGGGACGAUCCAAAAUAUUGUGGAAACAAGCCUAUAUUGAGAACUCAAAAAGAAAAGAUCAAAUUGUCUAUGAAGCAUGUUCUUGGCUCAGGCUCACAAAUGAUCACUUUGCCUAGCUCUGUUAGAGUACAUUUUCAUACUGCCUAAUGAUUCCUGACCAAAUCCCUGCCUACUGUAUACUACCUGUUUCAUAAGCUUUCAUUUCCUUUUCCCCAUUUGUUUUCCCCUUCCCUCCCUUUUUUUCACUUUCCUUUCCUUUUCUUUUCCCUUCCCUUCUCUUUCUCUUUUCCCUUCCUUUCCCUUUUCUUUCCUUUCCCCUUCCCUUUUUUCUUUUCCCUUCCCUUUCCCUUUUCUCUUCCCUUUCCCUUUUCUUUUCUCUUCCCUUCCCUUCCCUAUUCUUUCCUUCCCUUCCCUUUUCUUUUCCCUUCCCUUUUUUCUUUUCCCUUCCCUUUCCCUAUUCUUUUCCCUUUGCCUUUCCCUUUCCCUUUUCUCUUCCCUUUGCCUUUCCCUUUUCUUUUCCCUUCCCUUCCCUACCCUUUUCUUUUCUUUCCUUUCCUUUCCCUUUUCUCUUCCCUUCCCUUUCCUUUUCUUUUCCUUCCCUUCCCUUUUCUUUUCCCUUCCCUUCCCCUUUUCUCUUCCCUUCCUUUUUCUUUCCUUUCCCUUUUCUUUUAUUUUCCCUUCCCUUUUCUUUUCCAUUUUCUUCCCUUCCUUUCCUUUUUCCUUUACAUUUAAUUUCCCUUUCCUCAUUUCCUUUCCUUUUUCCCUUGCUUUCCUUUACCAAUUUCUAUUUGAUGUUCCCUUUUUCUCUUUCCUUUACUAUUUCCCCUUUUCUUCCUUUAUGUUUUCCAUUUCCUUUCUCUUUCCUUUUCCGUUCUUUUUUCCAAUUUGCUUUCUGGUUCCCUUUUCCUUUCUCCCAUUCAUUUCCUUUACUUUUCCCCACAUUUCUUUUUCCUGUUUCCUUUCCCCUUUCCUUUUCCAUUUUCUUUUCUUUCCAUUCUCCCUUUCCUUCCUUUCCCUUUCCCAAUGUUGGCAUUAUUACACUGUCUGACCUUCACUGUAACUCAGACUGCUAACCAGUUACGAUGUUGUACUGGUCAUAUACACACUGCAAAGUUUAGGAAGUGACAUCAGUGUCACUCCACAAAUCGCAAUUGACCAGCUCAAUGUUGGAAUGUUAUAGUACGGCAAUAGUUUAAGCCACUAUCGAAAGAAGCACAGAGUUUUGUUUACACACAUUAAGCUGCUGCUCUGUGUCUCACACUUCUAAUUACGUCAUUAACAAUUAUAACAACACACUACAUGGACUUAAUGACAAUUUGAUUGUCACUACAACGUUCCGGCAGUGAAUUUGGUUAUAGAAUCCAGUUGGAACCAAACUGUGUGUACAGAUUGGGAAGAAGACUGACAACCAUAUAAAGCUGCAGUGUGUAUGUGGCCACUGACUACUCAAAAGUCACUCUAAGCUGUCUUACAGGAGAAAGACAUUUAAAUGUGCUUUAAGUCUGAAGGAUUUUCACACCCAAUUUGAAGGCUUGUCUGAUUUUCUUAAGUACUUUGGCUAACAUGCUCCUACAAUUGAAGAAUGUUUCAGAGGGAUAGAUGGUUCUGCCUUACAAGUAAACAUCUCUAGACUUGGUGAAGAUUAUUCACAAAUUAAAAACUGUUCAGAUGCUCAUAUUUCAUGUUAAAGGUCAUGACAUACUUUACAAGGUCUGAAUGUGUCCAAAUGGCAGAACCUUUCUGACUGGCUUACCUCAUAUAUUGUUAAUUGUUAAAUGCAAGUGUAUUGUAAAAUUUGAAAUUUUAUGCCUAAUUUGAAAUGACUAAUGGCAAAGCCGACCCUGAUGACCUUUUUAUUCGUUUCUUGUCUUUGUUUCGCAGCUUUGAUUUUGUUCUAUUAUUUCCUAAACAUUCCAAAUGCUCACUUAAGAUAUUUAUUGUCAUUAUUGUGAUGAUUAUUCUCUGUCGUUAUUUUUUAUUGUAAUGAUGAUUUCGUCUUAUUUCAAACUGUGUUUUUGUUUCGUUUCGUAAAUUGUACUUUUUUAAUCACACCUCUGAUUCUUAUUGUGAUUUCUUCCACGUUCUUUAAUCAGCUGUGAACUUGAACUCGUUGUGUUUUGUGACCGGUCAUGUACUUUACGUAUGAAUAUUGGGAGGGGGUUUAAUUGUGUGCAUGGGAUGUGAGUGUGUGUGAUGGCGUUGUGCGUUUCUUUUUUUGUCGUUUAUGUAAUACUAAAGUCUUAUUUUCUCCCUCCAUUUCACUUUCCACCAUCUGUCUGUCUUAGCAGAAAUAGCAUUGAUUUUACAAUCAACAGAGAAACAAACAAACAACAAAAUAAACAAGCACAAUAAAAAUCGGGCACAAGCACAAUACUCACACGCAGCCACUCAUGACACCUCCUUUAAUAUCGUACAGUAUUCUGUAUGCUAGAGUACAGAUGUUAUAAGCAAUUUAAGUAUCACCUGUUUUGUAUUUGACAAACCAGAGAAUGUAUAUUUGAAUCGUGUAACCAUUGAUGAUAGAUAGAAUUCAGUUUUAUUUGGUAGUAAAUAAGAUGUUAAUAUUUGUAAUUUCAUUAUAUAUCUAAUGAAGAUUAUAUAUAUAUAUAUAUAUGCUUUAAGAGGACCAGCACACAUUUAUGCACUAAUUAAGAAAUAAUCAGAAGACACAUAAACAGGUAUAUCUCACAACAACAUGCCAAGGUCACAUUUUACUGCAUAUAUAGUCAAAGGUUUGGAAUGUUGUACAGAUUUUGUUCUUAUGGAAAGAAAUGUGUACUUGUAUUCACUUAAGUGGCAUUCAACUGAUCACAAUGUAUCAGUCAGGACAUUCAUAAUGUGGAAUUUACUAUUACAAUUUGAAAAAACUACUUCAAGGAGUUCUCAUCAAAAUCCUCCAUGUGCAGCAAUGACAGCUUUGCAGAUGCUUGUUAUUCCAGCGGUCAGUUUGUCCAGAUACUCAGGUGACCUUUCAACUUACACUUCCUGUAGCACUUGACCUUUCACCCCACACUUCCUGUAGCACUUGCCAUAGAUGUGACUGUCUUGUCGGGCACUUCUCAGGCACCUUACAGUCCAGCUGAUCCCACAAAAGCUCAAUGUGGUUAAGAUCCGUAACACUCUUUUCCAAUUAUCUGUUGUCCAAUGUCUGUGUUUCUUUGCCCACUCGAACCUUUUCUUUUUGUUUUUCUGUUUCAAAAGUGACUUUUUCUUUGCAAUUCUUCCCAUAAGUCCUCCUGAGUCUUCUCUUUACUGUUGAACAUGAAACCGGUGUUUAGUGGGUAGAAUUCAAUGAAGCUGUCAGCGGAGGACAUGUGAGGCGUCUAUUUCUCAAACUAGAGACUCUGAUGGACUUAUCCUCUUGUUUAGUUGCACAUCUGGUCUUCCACAUCUCUUUCUGUCCUUGUUAGAGACAGUUGUCCUACAGAAGACUGUAGUUACACGUUUGUAUGAAUGAUGUUUCUUUUUUUGCCAUUUUUGACCUUAUAAUGACCUUAAGACAUGCCAGUCUAUUGCAUACUGUGGCAACUCAAAAACAAACACAAAGACAAUGUUAAGCUUCAUUUAAAGAACCAAAUAUCUUUCAACUGUGUUUGAUAUAAUGGCAAGUGAUUUUCUAGUAUCAAAUUAUACAUUUAUCAUGAUUACUCAAGGAUAAGGUGUUGGAGUGAUGAUGCUGCUGUCUAGAUUUAGACAAAAAUGACUUUUUUCAAAUCGUGAUGGUGCUGUUUUAUACAUCAGUAAUAUCCUGACUAUACAUUGUGAUCAGCUGAACUCCACUUUGAUGAAUUAAAGUACCAAUUUCCUUCCAAAACAUCAAAAUCUGAACAUUAUUCCAAACUUUUGGCUGCCAGUGUGUGUGUAUAUAUAUAUAUAUAUAUACACACAUUACAUUUGAGUGAAAUAUGACCUGAACAUUUUCUUUACAGGAUUCAUGAGAUUGAGAUUCAAUUAUGCUGCUGUUUAUUGACCUGUAGAGUUAUAGAUAGAACGUCCUGCUUCAACAACGUCUUUGCUUUCCUUCUUUAGAAGGAAAAGUGCAAUAAUGCACUCAGAGUAGUCACACUAUACACAAACACGCAAAAUACACAAGGCCCUUCUGGAAGUCCAUGAAAAUCUGUAUGUCAAGGCAGAGUGAGUGUUGUGUUGAGUUUUGUCACACGUGAGACUGAAACUAAAGACACACUGAUCGUGUUGCAUUCCUUGUUAGAUUGUUGUUCAA